AGGGCAGACAAGAGCAUGUGUAAUAACCAUCAGGGUGGCCCUGGGUGCGCGCGCAGCUGCUGGCGCACGACAUAGCCCUGUCACCACGCAGGAAGGUGCUCGCAACCGUCCCACUGCUGGACAUACAUAUCCAGCCCAGUCUCUUGUCCUCUGUGUGUCUCUCUCUACCCCACCUGUGCCCAGUCUCACCCUUCAACACGGCUACCUCGUCAUAGCAUGGAAGAAGGAUUCCCGGCUGCAAGUUGACGUGUUAAACUAAGUGCUGAGCAAGUGCGCCUGGCUAGUAGUUGAGCUAGUAGUUACCCAGUUCCCGUACUCUUGCUACCUACACAACCUUUAUCCCCGGACCUUACUAUCCCAGCCCCUUACCCCCAGACACAAGGGUUAUCAUGAGUGGAGGAGGGGACGGGCUGGAGUCAGCGUCCCUGGUACGUCACAGUAGUGGAGUUGGACGCAGCUACAUGUCUGAAAGUGGCAUGCUGAGGGACGGUGAAGCAAGCAACAGUGGCAGUGCCGGAAGUGUAGGAGGAGGAGGCGGAGGAGGAGGCGGCGGAGGUGGAGGAGGAGGAGGAGGAGUAGGAGGAGGAGGAGUAGGUAGCAGAGCUGGCAGAGGAAGAGGUAUAGGCAAUGCUACAGAGGGCAGCUUAGAGGGAGCAGAUGAGCUAGACUUCGUGGAGAGUGAUUCUCCACUACUCUCGCAGUUCCACGAAGACGCCAUCCAGCAGGCGGGUACAGGGCCAUUCCAGCGAUUGUUGUUGCUGGUCACAGGGUUGAGCCUCGCUGCUGACACUAUUGAGCUCCUUGUAGUGGCUUAUGUGAUACCUUCUGCAGAGGUGGAGCUGUGUAUGUCUGGCACACAGAAAGGCUGGCUAGCGGCAAUCACAUUCAUUGGGAUGAUGAUUGGAGCCAUGAUCUGGGGCAGUCUGAGCGACAACGUGGGUCGUCGGCGAGCUCUCCUCUCAGCUCUCUUUGUCAACGCUCUCUUCGGUAUUAUGACAGCUUUCAUGCCCACAUAUGGCAUCUUUAUGACCACAAGACUAUGCUCUGGCAUUGGAAUUGGUGGUGGGAUCCCAAUUGUGUUUGCUUACUACUGCGAGUUUGUGACACAACCAGAACGAGGCCGCCACUUGUCAUGGUUGUUGGUGUUCUGGGCGAUUGGUGGAGUGUUCACAGCACUGAUGGCCUGGAUCAUUAUACCAAGAACAGGUAUUACGGUUGUGUUGGAUGAAGAACAUCACUUCAGCUCGUGGCGUGUGUUCCUUGUUGUGUGUUCGCUGCCUUCAUUCGGGGCUGUAAUUGGUCUAUAUUUCAUGCCUGAGUCUCCUCGCUUCUUGCUGGAGAAAGGACGGGAAGUAGAGGCAAUGAUAGUAUACAAGAAAAUCUUCAAAUGGAACAAUGCUAAUAAUCCUGGCGCAGAGUACCAAUUAACAGAGCUGGAGUUGCCAUCAGGGCCCCACCGACCUCUCAGACACAACCCUCCCCAGGGAGUUGGCAAGAACUUCGUGUCUGAUAUCUCCUAUGGGUUGGAGCAAUUUUGGGGCCUCUUCCUGCAGCUGUUUCUACCACCUUACUUGAAGACCACUCUCUUGCUACUAAUUGUGUGGCUAACAUGUUCAUUUGGCUUCUAUGGUUUAUCAGUAUGGUUCCCAGAGUACAUCAAGCUUCUGAAAAGUGAGGAGUACAACAGACAUGCCAAUGUUACCGUAGAGGAUGUGUUCCAGCAUCGAUCAUUCAACAACACUACCUUGGACAACAUUAAGUUCGUGAGAGCAAUCUUCAACAACGUUACUUUCAGCAAGACUCUUAUUAACCACGUCCUCUUCGUCAACAGUUCAAUUUCUGACUGUCUCUUCUCUGAUGUUAGAAGCAGCAAGACAUUCUUUAAGUAUUGCCAUGUAGCACGCAACACGUUCAUUGAUACAGACAUAUAUGACUAUCGCUUCCAGGACUGUGAAAUGAUAGACAACAAAUUCCAUGCACUUGCACCUGGCUGUACUUUAGAUUUUGAUUAUAAUAUCCACUAUAGAGAAGUGUUUCAAGAGAAUUUGAUUGGACAGCUGACGAUGAUCCCCGGCACCCUUAUCACAUCCCUCCUCAUGGAUAAGUUAGGCAGAGUUAGGAUUAUGAGUGUAUCUAUGGCGUUGUCAUCUAUAUCAGCAUUCUUCAUUUGGUUUCUUAACAGCAAAAUUGGUGUUAUUGUAUUUGAAGCCAUAUUCAACUUCAUCUUUAUAUCUGGAUGGAAUGCGCUUGAUAUUGCAUCGACAGAAGCUUUUCCCACUCAUAUCAGGACAACAGCAUAUGGGUUCCUCAGUGCUGCAUCUCGCAUUGCUGGAGUUCUGGGAUCACUCUGUUUUGGCCAGUUUAUCUACUCCAGUCGGGCAAUUCCUAUGCUGGCUACUUCCGUGGUUCUGAUGAUUGGGGCUAUAGUCUCACUUAAACUCAAGGAGACCAAAGAUAACCUUUUAUAGAUUUAAUUUCUAUUAAAAUUAAGACAUUAAUGCAGUGAAUACCUGAGAGAAUACAUAUGAAAUAACCCAGUGGUUUACCAAAUAAAUUUUGUAGUGUUUCUAGUAACACUAGCUAGAAACAAUCAGAAUUCUGCAAUUAGAAAAUAAAUUUGUUAGUCAUAAGAACUAAAAAAUUGGGCCUAAAAAAUAAAGGGUAUAUCAACAAUUAAAAAUUGCAGAUGAACAUACAGUAAGGUUUCUUGUAAAGAUAUUGGAUAUUAUGUGGUUAUUUUGCAAAUGCAAUUGGAGAUAGUGCACCCACUCCAUUAUUGAAAAGCAUGCAUUCUCAAUUUCUUUUCCCAUGCUAUUCAGUUCUGGAUGCCCUUAUUCAGUUGCAUUUACAAAAAAAUCAGACUAUACAGAGAGGAGCUUCAUAAGAGACUUUACUGUGAAUUUUAGCUUUUAUUUAACUCAAUAAAAAACAAAUUAAUAACUCAGCUAUAUGUUAAUGUAUUUUAUUUUCUUCACAAACUGGUGUUAAGAUAUGUACAGUAGGGGACUUCUGGCUACUAGUCAGGCAAAUAUAAAGCAAUCAUAUCUUUUGCUUACAAAAAUACCUUAUAUAUUUUUUGUAUACAGUAUUUGUAUUAAGUCAAAAUUUUGUGCAUAAUUAUCUCAUUUUCAGACAAUGAUUUUUCAAUUUGCAUUAUAAAUACAACAGUAAUAAUAAUAAUAAUAUAAUAAUAAUAAUAAUAAUAAUAAAUCAGGUAGUAAUGUAUACCUGAUAUGUUUGGUCAUAAGCAAAAUUAUAUUCUUUCUUAAGAACAGUAAUACUACAGUAAAUGGAUUUAAACCAUGUGUACAUAGCAGCAUAUUUUCAUACAAUACAUACAGAUUCAUCACAUUAAAGUUUAUAUUAAGUCAACACGGUUGUGCUUUUUCAAUAAAAAGUAUGUGCUAAAUUAGUAGACCAUACAGUAUGGGUUAUCAGACAAAAAUAUAGCUGUCAUUUUAACAACAUUUAUUAUGCUGGUAAUAUUACAGCAUCGUUUGCACGACACAAAAUAACGUUUGAAACCUAUUGAACUGAAUAACCAGUCAUGAUUGAUGUGUGUUAUAAAAGUGUGAUGUCAUUUUUAAGAAUAUAGGAUAGGAUUUUUUGUAUUUCCUUAAGUUUACUUCAGUGGAUCUAGCAACAUUUUAUAGUUGUGAAGUUUUAUGUGCCUGAUGUUGUGGCUGUAUAUCAUACAAGGUAGCUAGGAUUUACGUUGAAAAUCCAGUUUUUGAAAAUGAAUGAAAUAGUGAAUGUUACAAUCAACUCUGAAAGAUACAAGAAUUUGGUUAAUCAUCACCCAUUAAGAUGGCAACCUGACUUCCUAUAUCGGCUGUUUAAGUUACAUUUAAUGUGUAAAGACAGUUGAAGUGUUUUUAAAGUAUAAUUGUCAACUUGAGUUUCUGUAUUUGUAAAUUAGCACAAUACUGUACUAUAUAAAACGUUGUAAUAAUGUUGGUAGAAUUACCGACAAUAUGUAAAGUAAAAGGACACAAGUGCUUUGCCAACGGCUUGACAAAGCUCCUGGAGAGCGAAACGUUGCCACAAUAAAAUGUCACAUUAGUUGCACUUGUGUCCUUUUACUUUAUAUAUAAAACGUUAUCAGGGUAAAUAACUGAAAAUAUACCAUGUACAGUAUGAACAUCUUUGUCACAGAUAUAUAUUCUUUCUUGAAUAAUAGGAAAAUAAUUUACUACUGUAUUUAACUGUGAUGAAAAAUUUGGGAACUUUAUUGUUGUGUUAUUGUAUGUUACAUUAAUAACAGUAGUAAAAUGUUUGCUUAGUAUUAGUUUUCAUAAAAAUCAAAGUCUAAGAAGCAAGACUUGCCAUGGUUUAUACAAUCAAUCCAUCAUUUUGCAUACAUUUUAUGAAUGAAUUUUACAGGAAUCUAGUCAAAGUUGAUAAAUAGUACUGUAGUUUUACGAGUACUGCGGUUUAGCGCUUAAUUUGAUUAUAAUAAUAAUACGAGUAUGGCUUAAUGUAAAAUAAUAAGUUCUUUCAUAUUGUAAGGGACACAGGUGAUUUAUUUAGCGGGAAGGUUGAUGAUAGCUCUCCCCAUCUCUGUCACCUUUCAUCAAUAGUUUUAACUCUUGUACGAGCUCACCUUCCCAUAUAUUUGGUAGCCAAAUAAAUGUGAUGUCUUAAAUAUUAUAACCAAUAUUAUUACAUUAAUAUUGGUGGUCAGCUGUAUAGGUGUGAGAGGCACCUUAUAGUAAGACUUGUACAGUAGUCAGUGACAGAAAAAUCAGUCAUGUACGAGCAAACUCGGUACUUGUGUAAUUGGUAUGAGCUGGCACUAAUCUGCAGUAUUGAAGAUUGGUUUCUUUUACCUAAAGUUAAAUAGAUUAGGUCAUGUGAUGGUCAUUCUCUGAGAAUGUACAUGUGAAAGUGGGAAAGUUAAAAAAAAAUUCCACAGACCAUUUCUAUUUAGUUAAGAUAAAUAUAGUACAGUAAAUCUGAUAAUUUUAAGGAAAAAAAUGAAGUACAGGUACAGUUUGUGUCUAAAGUUAAACAUUUUUUGUCUAAGUCUAAGUUAUGAGACUGGUAAAAAAUUUUAAUUCACUUACUUAUAAUUUUAACAAUACUGUUAAGAAACAAAUGAAUACAGUAUAUGUAAAUUACAUGCUGAUCUGCGUAUAAAAUUUCAUUAAGACAGUAAAGAAUGUUUUUUAUGGGAAUGGUUGUACAUCAUUUGGUUUUUAUGCAGAUAUUUAUGCCAAAAUCAGAGUUUAAUGGUAGACUCAUUUGGACUAUGUCACAGCAAGCUUCUUUUUUUUUUUUUAUCAUAAUUCGAUACUCCACAUUUUAUGGCUUCUUUUAUAUAUUAUAUAUAUGACAUUUUUGUAAGGUUAAGGUACUCAACAUAGAUAUUGACUAGCAUGGCACUGAGUGGGUUGCCCAUUGCUAUGCCAAAACACUGUAACAGCUAUUUUUUAUAUUUGAAGUGCAUGUACUAGUAGUUAAAAUUCACGAUAGGUCACGCGGAUUGGUGAAAUCCUUUUGGGGCACAGGAAAGUCAGUGAUAUUGGUGAUCUUUUGUCAAAGUAUGUAGAUGGUGGCUGAAGUAGGGUCAUUAGUAAAUAGAGAUGUUACAUUGAAGUCAUACGUUUAUUCCUGCCAGGAUAUUUGGCACUGCCUAUACCAAAAUAAGUAAAACAAGAUAAGACUUUAUUUGGAUUUUUAACCCAGGCAGUUAGCAACCCAGGAUAAUUUGGUAAAGUCUGUGUCUCAUAUUUCCAUUGGGGUCCUUCAGUUUUCUCCCCAAGGAUGUGACCCACAACAGUCAGCUAACACCCAGGAAGGAAUGUUAGGUUUGUGAGUUUUAGAUGGACUCUAUAGACAUGUUGACUUGUGCUGUCAAUGAUGACGUGUAAGGAUUUCUUGUUCAAAUUUCUGUAGGAUUUUGCGUAUUUUUUGCAGGAUCUCUUUGGUGUUAUCUAGUAGUGGUUCAGGUAGGAGUUGAUAAGUGUUGGUGUCAUCUAGCAUGCUGUGUAUUUUCUCACUGUAAAUUCUUAUAUAUACAUUUUUGAGGCCAGUGGCACUUGUAUACAUGUCUUAAUUAUACCGCCCUCAUAUAUGCUGUGAGCAUUAAUUUUGGCCUAGAUAUGAGAGAAGAGAUCUGUGCAGUAGGUAAGUGCAGUACAAGAAAAAAUUCUGCCCCAUCCAGUGCAUGAUGGAAACUUUGAGGCAUUUUCUUGAAUGGUUUUCCUGAUUUUAUUGGCUGUUUCUUGGUGACUGUUAUAUAAAAUGAAAAUUAUUUUGAUCGAUUUCAGACCAAUCUCAAAGUGGCAGAGCUAUUGAAUUUUUGGUAAUUUUCCUGAGGAAAAAAAUAGGGAGCCUCCUAUGCCCUCCUGAUUUGUUUUAUUGGUUAUUGCUAGGUCUUUAAUAAACUAUUGAGACUCCCUGAACCAGUAAUCAUUCUUGGUUAUAUAUUUUUUGCCAACCCUCUCCAGGUAUACCAGGUAUACUUCAACUUUUUUGUGUGAUAAUAGAGAGGACUGGGGAUGUGAUUAAUUAGCAGAGGAAAGGUUGCUUUAGGGGCUGGAAUACCUACAGUGUUUUAUUUUAAACUUUUUUAAAUUGGAUUUUGUUGAAUUUUGUGUAAAAUUGGCCGAAUUUCGGCUUCUGGGCACUUUAUAAGGUAGUUCUGAUAACUGAAUGGGCAGUUUCUUGUACAUAAUCAAUAGAAUGGAAGGCUUACUAGUGAAAUAACCAAUUUGAGGAAUGGGAUUAGCCUAAAAUAGAAUAGACCUCAGAGUGGGAAAAGCCAUAGUUGUGGAAGAUGCUCCAGACCUCCAAUUCAUGUUUGCAUAAUUCCACAAGUUUUAUAUAAAAAUUUUAAUUUUUGGUGGCUUUAUCUUAAGAAAGUGAUUCUCUUCCAUUUUAAAAUAUGAAAUUAUUACCAUUUCUUAAAGACUUUAACAUUAAUGGGACUUUUAGUUUUUUGGGAUUGUGACAGUGGAAGGAUGAAGGAUCACCACUGCCUCUUGUCUGCGUUGGGGGUGAUGAUGUCAUUGCUGGCCAAGUCGUGAGAACUUGUACAUGUAUAUACCUUCUAGGUAAGAUAGAUCCGGAAGGUUCAGAAACAGCAACAGUACUAAUGCCUUGAAUACAACCUUUUUGAAAUCAGAAAUGCCAAAAGUGUGAUUAUUGGUAAUGACAUGACAUCAGUAGCAUUGUUUGUGGAGAUCAUUAGUGAAUUUUAGGCCCAGACUGAAGGGUCUUGGUCUCGAAGGCAGAGUGUGUGUGGGACAGCACAUUGUUAAUAAUAUCUGUCUAGCCCAUUUUGUUCUGUUUGCUGUUGGAGCACAAAUGAUUAACCUUCUGUGACUUUCAGGUUUUAUUGCACAUUAUCAAUAAAAAAGAACUAGGAAAUAAGGAGUAGAGUUGGAAAGCAUCUUGAGGUAGGGUCAUCACAGAGAUGUCUCUACCUCAAGAGUGCCCUCAUCAACACACUUCCUGAAGUGGACUUAAACAGCAGGAGAGAAAGGGUGUCCAGAACCAUUAAGGUGUUGUGGCAUGGUUCUAGGAAUGAUCACCUCAGUGAGACGAUCCUCCAAGGUGCGUUGGUUUCAAAACUUAUCCAUAAUAAAAUGUCCUAAGUGAUUUGCUCAUGUGUUGUUAACCACAGCUAGUCAGUAUCAUAUCUUGCAUUUCCUUGGGGAGUGAAGAAGCACUUGUACUUUUUUAUGCCCUGGUUAUAAUCAAACUUAUGAUGUAAAUACCAUUCCAGCUAUACCAGUAUUGUAUAUCGUGGACUGAGCUGUGAUUUUUUUUUUUACACAGGGUUAGACAAGGUUAGGUUAAGGAUUCCUAACUUUAUUGACAUGCUAAGAGCUGUUACCUAUAUCAGCUCAUUUGAAAGCAUUUUUAUUGUUAUGAAACAUACAAGUAGGGAACAGGAUGGAAUUUGAGCCAUCUGUGGGCCAGCGUUUUCAUUUGAUCAACUGGCUUUAUGUCGUUGACAUCAUAAUGAUGUACGAAUUUGUUCCAGACUCGAGUCAUCCUGGGAAUAAAUGAUCUCAGGUGAAGUGAUGUUCUGGAGAAGGGUACAGCCAGAGUGAAGUUGUUGCUUUCUGCCAUCUUGUGGUAUAGAAGCUUGCUUCUCGCUGUCCUCGAAGUGGAUCCAAGUGUGGUACUUUGACAAUACUGGCCUUGUACAUAACAGUAAGGCCACCUACAUCCCUCCUGUGUUGAAGGCUGUGCUGAAAUGACAGAUCUAUCCAGGAUGGGUCCAGGCGAGAGAUGAGACGUCUUGCUCUGUUAUCUACUCUGUCAAGCAGUCGCAGAUGAUGGGGGAUGGGGCAGGCAAACCAAGAAAGUGGAGCAUACUUAAGGUGUGAGCGUACUUGUGCCUCAUACAGAAUCUCGCAACCCCUACUGUCAAGCAGAUGCGAGAUGUGGCGAAGUGCUGUAAGCUUCCUGGCUGCCUUGUUUGCAAGAUUUACAACAUGGCUCUUCAUGGUCAGUUUGGAGUCAAAUUUCACCCCAAGGAUAUCAACUUCUUCCCCAGGUACCAACACCCUCCCAUUCAUGCUUACUUCUGCACUGGCAUUACCGUCAUGGUGCCUAGAGACCAUCAUCAUUUGCAUUUUCUCAGGUGCAAAUGUUACUUGCCAUCUGUUUCCCCAAGCUGAUAUAGCUCUUAGCUGGUGAUUGAAGUAGCUUAGAGCAGCUGGCAUUUCUUCUCUUGGAUAAGUGAAUGUCAGUGUACAGUCGUCUGCAUAUGCCUGGGAUUCUGGGAUGAGAUGAAGAAGGUCACUGAAGUAGACAUUCCAUAACAAUGGUCCCAGCACACUUUCUUGUGGAACACUUGCCCCAAUAGGAUGUCUUGCUGAGAACUACCCUUAGAGAUCUACCAUGAAGGUAAUCACUAAGGAGACAUAGUGUAGAGCCUACAAUUCCCAGUGCUUGCAGUUUUGCUAAGAGGCCUUGGUGCCACACCCGGUCGAAAGCACCAAAUUCUUUUUUUAAAUGCAACAUUUUGAAGUGAAACAAAAAAUAGAGACCCCAGUAUAUAAUUCUCAAAAACUAUAACAUGACUCAGAAUCUAAUAUAGUGUUCAGGCUUUUUUAUAUUACAUCCCAGACACAUCCUGUGGGCGAAAGCCAAAAGAUUACAGAGGCACAUAAUUGGUCCAGGGACUGGAUACGAACGUAAUGGUAUAUAAUUAAGUUACAGAAGUAAUCAACUAUUUACAGGUGUAUCCAAAUGUGGUACUUUGACAAUAUUGGCCUUGUACAUAACAGUAAGGCCACCUGCAUCCCUCCUGGUUUGGUAAUAGAGUUGUGAAUGAGUGGAGCAAACUCCCGAGUACAGUUAUAGAGGCUAAAACGUUGUGUAGUUUUAAAAAUAGGUUAGAUAAAUACACGAGUGGGUGUGGGUGGGUGUGAGUUGGACCUGAUUAGCUUGUGCUACUAGGUCAGUUACCGUGUUCCUUCCUUAAGUGAAUGUGACCUGACCUGACUAGGUUGGGGCAUUGGCUUAAGCCGGUAGGAGACUUGGACCUGCCGCGCAUGGGCCAGUAGGCCUGUUGCAGUGUUCCUUCUUUCUUAUGUUCUUAUGACCUGGUUACGGUUAAGAUUAUUAGAAGUAAGACUGACCUUUAAUUUUAAUUGCUUAGUCAGCCCUAAAUUCACAUUUCUAGUGUGUGGAAUUUGAUUAUCCAAUCUUUGUUUUUACUGGUGAACAGUCUUCGAAUAAAUUAGAUAUUCUCAGAGAUUUUUUGAAUCAUUGCACAUUCUCUUAUUAUUUGGCAACAGAGAAUGGGUAUUGUGCUCAUUGGCUUUCCCAUGCCCAAAUCUGUUUUCUUUCUGCUUUUCCUUUCUCGUGCAUAUGAAUUUUAAUGUAUUUAAAAGUAAUGUUUAAAGACUAAUGGAUAAAAAACAAAUGGAAGAUUGUAACCAGCAGUGUGAUUUUGCUAAAAAUUGCCUUAAUUUAUUUGUCAUGCCUUAUGCAGUUUUCAUUAGUUCGCCCUUCUUUAUGACUAGGAAUUUGAAUGCCAUUAGAAUGAUAUUUAAAGAAAUAUGACGCAACUCUAAAGCAAGAUUUAUUGUGCAGACGUAAUUUUGUAUUAUUAACACAUUUUACAUUCUUAAGACCUUCCAUUCCCCUUCCCAGAAAUCUGAUCGGAAGCAUAAUCCUUAGGGAACUAACGACUCAGAUAAGCAAUAGCUAAACACACUCAUCUUAACCAUUUUCAUAUAAGAUGAUACUAUCACUACAUAAUAUUUCACACAAGGUAUACCAUAAAUUUCUAUAACAAGAAGUUAAGCUAAAAAUGCAGACAUUAAUUUUUUAACACUCAUUUAAGGAUUCAAGUACCCUUUUUUAUACAAUAGAUGCAUUCUUGGUCAGUGGUGAUCAGAUGAGUUCAAAUAAAGCAAAACUAUUAUAACAUGUAAAAUUAAGGGAUUCAUUAUGAAAAAAAAGUAUGGAACGGGUGGCGUUUGAAACCAUGGCAAGCGAGACCUAGAAUUCACAGGCCAUUGUUUGUUUGCAUUCGUGUUAUGAUUUCGUGAGCUAUUCAUUUAAAAUCUAUCCAAUUCCACAUUUUUUGAUUAAUGUUUACCAAACUGUAAUCAGCCACUUUCAGAUUCUCCAGGCACCUGUGUAAAUUUUGACUCCAAAGGAAUUUGUCAUAAAGGGCUUUGGGUGAUGACAUUUACUUUGUAUUAGGCGAUCAUAAAUUUUUCAGGGUCUUAUCCUUGAUUAGGGCAUUAUAAGGAUUUAUUUUCCCCUUAUUCUGGUCUUCCACCCACAAUGAAUACAUGCCUAAGUGCAGAUGGCCUCUCACCAGCAUCACCACAGUUCAGAAUCUUAGGCUUCGUCUCCAAUGUUCGAGGAAUUGUCAUAUUUUUUUUUCUGUACAUCAUGGACAAGAUGAUUUAGUAGGACGUAAGAAAAAUCAAAAUGGGGACUGCAGCUGCAGACAUUCAAGGAGAGUCUUACAAAGAAGCCAAGAUGCAAAAACAACU